UCCAAAACCAUAAUACUUCAACGCAACCAAAAAACAAUUGAGUGUAGAAAUACAAUAACUUUUCUCCAAUUCAUUAAAAAAAACAAAUCCAUUUGUAAGAUACCAUGCUUUAUUAUAUAAAAUCCCAUCAACAAAUUCAUUACAUAAACAUAAUCAAAGAAGAGGAAGAACUAAAAAUUCUUCUUCUUCCUCUUCUUUUACUUGUUGAAGAAAAUGGGUGCUCAGGUCUCGAAACAAAUCGAAAAGCGAAAGACAAUCGAAAAAGAAGAGAAAUCUCUUUCUGAUCUAAAGAGGUUAGGAGAAAACUACCCUGGCUCUGAUUAUAUCCCAUUAGACAGAAAAAUGUGGAUGUCUAAUCUGAAUCCUGAGAAACUUAAGAUCAACAUGAUUGUUUGGCCCGGAACACAUGAUUCUGCGACGAACAAAAUCGGUAUACCAGGAAUCACUCGGCCUUUCGCGCAAUGCCAAACCAUUUCCAUCUACAAUCAGCUUGUGAGAGGAACAAGAGUGUUUGAUAUUCGUGUGCAAGAGGAUCGAAGAGUAUGUCACGGAAUUAUCCUAACUUACAGCGUAGACAUUGUUAUCAGAGAUGUAAAAAAGUUCUUAUCAGAAACUGAAUCCGAAAUCAUAAUCCUCGAGGUUAGAACCGAGUAUGGACAUAAUGAUCCACCGGAAUUCGAUAAGUACCUCGAAGAAAACUUAGGUGAGUACUUAAUUCACCAAGAUGAUUCUGUUUUUGAUAAGACUAUUGCAGAAGUGUUACCAAAAAGAGUUAUAUGUGUUUGGAAGCCGAGAAAUUCACCACAACCGAAGGCAAGAAGUAGUCUUUGGAGUGCAGGUUAUUUAAGGGAUAAUUGGAUUAACACAGAUUUUCCAUUAACAAAGUUUGAGAGUAAUAUGAAAUAUUUGAGCGAACAGGAACGUGUUGUGUCUAGAAAAUACUUUUAUAGAGUCGAGAAUACUGUUACGCCUGUCCCUGACAACCCGAUUGUGUGUGUGAAACCUGUGACCGAACGCAUUCAUGGAUAUUCAAGACUCUUCAUUAGUCAGUGCUUUUCUAAAGGGUGUAGUGAUAGAUUGCAGAUAUUUUCUACUGAUUUUAUAGACUUGGAUUUUGUUGAUGCAUGUGUUGGACUCACCUAUGCAAGGGUUGAGGGUAAAGCAUGAAAUAAAUUGUUCUCUAUUUCUUCUGCAAUGUGUUUGAUUGUGUAUAUAUAAGAAAGUGUUUGUGAUGUA